GCAGAAAGUAAGCACUUUUGUUUCUGGUAUCUGGUUGGGAAGUGGAAUCUAAAAAAGAUAGCAAAAGAAGAAUUUGCUUCAUCAUCACAUCAUCUAAUUAAUGCCAGUUUAAGAUCUAAUAAUGAGUUUAAUAAAUUCAUUGAAGUAAUAAGUUCUGAUUUGAAACAAUUACCCGAAAAUUAA